AUGCUGCAGCCAAGGUUGGAGGAACCUCGUCAAAUUCGGCGCUACAAGCCCUUGCCAGCCGUGCUCUUCCACUUCAGGGAAGGAGCAGUCGGAGUCUGCGGGGACAUCAAGGAGAUGUUCCACCAGGUGCUGAUCCGACCCGAGGAUCGAUGUUCCCAACGAUUCCUUUGGAGAGAUGGUAACGACGAUCGAGACCCGGAUGUGUACGAGAUGAACGUAAUGACGUUUGGAGCAGCCUGCUCGCCGAGCACUGCGCAUUUCGUGAAGACGGUGAAUGCCCUGAAGUUUCGGGAUUCAGAUCCGAGGACGGUCAAGGCCAUCAUCGACCACCAUUACGUCGAUGACUACGUGGACAGUUUCGCUCUGGAGAGCGAAGUUAUUGCGGUAUCUACCCGAGUAAAGGAGAUACAUGCGGAAUUAUGCCAGUUUUUAUCCAGCUCACCCAUCGUGAAAGUGGCGUUGGGACCACCUGGACAGGUCAAGAGUGUCGGAUGGGGUGAGGCCGAGCAGAAGAUCCUUGGAAUGCGUUGGCAGGUAGCAACGGAUGACUUCAGAUUCAACGUGGAGUAUCAUCGAGUGCCAAAAAGCGUUUUAAGUGGAGAUCGAGUCCCUACAAAGAGGGAGUAUUUGAGCCUGCUGAUGUCGACUUUCGACCCAUUGGGGUUCCUUUGCUGCCUGAAGAUUACAGCAAAGCUGUUGCUGCGGGAGAUCUGGAAGCAGAAGAUCCAGUGGGACGAACCACUGCCGGAGGAGAAAGCAGAGCCUUUGCUUCCUGACGCAGAGAGAUGGACGCCGUGGGACAGUUCCGAUGUCCUCGCCACUAUUUUGGGCUUGGAGCAGUUCGAACCAUUGAGUUGCAUGUGUUCGUGGAUGCAACCAGCAAGCGGCUGGCCAUCGCCUGAGGAGGGAACCGAGCAUGUUCCGGAUGCACCUGAUGAGGAGGAGAUGCCCAGUGAGUUUGCAUUGGUGGCAUCGAAUGAAUUUGUCAGCCCAUUCCAGAGAUUCUCGAGCUUCUGUCGCCUGGUGAGGACCACAGCCUGGGUCCUGAGGUUUGCGCGGCGGUGCCGCAAACAGAGAAGCGAGCUCGAGGAAUAUGGACUCACUGCAACGGAGUGUGAGGCCGCGGAGAACCUGUUAGUCAGGCAGGCCCUACUGGAAUCGUUUCCCGACGAGAUGAGGUCGGCGGAACGCGGGAAGGACGUCGCCAGCUCGAGCGAGAUUCGAGGUCUGACACCUUACGUGGACGAAAAUGGACUUCUGCGAGUCUAUGGUAGAGAUGAUGCCGAACUGUUCAUUCCGUACAGUGCGAGGAGGCCAGUGAUACUGUCACACAGGCAUAGUCUUACGGAGAUGGUAGUAAGACACUUCCACGACCAGAUGAAGCAUCAAAACGUGGAUGCGACGAUUGCUCAGAUUCGGACGAGAUUCUGGGUCAAGAAGAUGAGACGAUUGCUGAAGGAGGUCAUCUCGUCGUGCAACGAGUGCAAGUUGCAACGAACGCGGCCGAUGCCGCCAAUAAUGGGACCCCUUCCAGUGGAUCGCUUGAAAGCGGGAGGAUGGCCAUUCAAGUAUACUGGACUGGACUACUUUGGGCGACUGCUGGUGACUGUUGCCCGUCAUAGAAAGAAGCGUUGGGUCGCCCUGUUCACGUGCUUGACGACGAGGGCGAUUCAGCUGCGAAAGCUGGCGCAUGACCUGUCAACGGAUUCCUGCAUAAUAGCUGCGGCAACAUGCUACGACGAGCUGCAGGGAGUUCAUCGGAGCUUCGCCACCGGGCAGGUGGAGCAUGGUGAAGAGGCAUCGGCUCUACUUCACGGAGUGGUCAUUCGUCCAGAUCCUGCUAUGUGCAUGGCGAGUGCCAGACCAACGGAUGCCGCAGAUUGCAUCACCGUCUGCUACAUGGAGCGGACGAAGAGCGCAGAUGGCCGGAGCAGCGAGGUGGCUUCAGGCGACACAACGGAGGAAACCAGCAGUCACCAGUUUCCAGACGCAGCCCCGACAGGAGGUGAGGACAGGAGCCAGCAGUCGGCUGUUCCCAGGAACAGCCUGGAGAGAAGGGCCCCGCAGCCAGCGGAGCCGCCCGUGCAGAGGAAUCUAAGCAUCGACGCCGAAGGAGGCCGACUUUUGUUCCGUAUACUGCCAGUAACGCUGUACGGAGCUGGUGGACACGUACGCGCUCUUGGAUGA